AAUUCAAAAAAUCAAUCGAUGGAGUUCGGCGGUGGUCUUGGCAGAUUUGUCGGCUCCGCAACGGCUCCAAAUUUAUGCCGUGAGAUUAUCGAGGUACCUGGCGGCGCUGAGUGGAAAAUCCGAAAUUUGCAAGAAACUGCGCCGGAAUUCUCCUGGAAAUACCCGGGAAGCUCGGUUAUUGUCAACUAUCACUUCAAGAGACUUCAGAACCUGGAUUCUCCGAUAUUCGACGAAAAUGAGAAAAUGUUCUACGGAAAAGUGUCGCAUUUCAUGUCCCCGGUGGAAAUUUCGCUCCAACCAAAAUAUCUGAGCACCGCCCGAAAAUCGAUAAUGGAACAGUUGAAUGCCACGUAUCAAAGUACACAAGUUGCUGAGUUUCAAGAAGAUCAGAUUUUCGUCCCAGUGGCGUGUGCUGUUCAGGAGUUGGGAAUUUGGUAUCGAGGACGUAUUGCGCAGAUUUCGGGAGAAGCCCAUGUUGUCGUCGAGCUAAUCGAUUUUGGAACUCAAAUUCUUGUGCCACGUCACAAAGUUCUUCCGUUGACCCGCCGAUUCGGCAGAGCUCCGCCCCUUUGUCUGAAGUGCCGAGUUGCCGGAUUAUCGAUUAAUGACCUGGAAAUCAAGGAUCUUCACGAUUUUAAAAAUAUCAUUGAGGAGUGUCAAGCCUUGUUCCGUGUCGAAAUUAAGUCUGUCGAUGAGCCGCAUUUGAUUGACCUCUACCAUCCGACAAUUGCCGGUCGCAAUGUGUGUCAGCAGUUUUUCCGGCGUCCUGAAGAUGUGGCAAAGUUGGAUAGAAUUGAGAGAAGCUGGGAGACACACUGCAAGAAAAUGAACGAAGAAUUUGACGAUGACGAGGACUUUGAAGAGGAACACGGUGACGGAGACUACUUCCCAACUUCUAUCCAGAAACCCCAUCUGCCAGAAAUUCCACGUCAGCAAUACAUAAAACGUCUUCCAAAGUGCCAACGUGCUCCACGCUUCGAACAAGAUCUCUUGCUCAUUGAGCACAUUGAGAACUCUCAGCUCGUCUAUCUACAGUACCCCUGGCAGCGGGAAAAACGACAAGAACUUGACAAAGCUCUACAUGACGCGUGGCACACUUUGCCAAGUGUUCCAAAGGACCUUCGUACGGAAAAUCAGCUGGUUGCAAUAAGCAAUCGCCGGCUGAGAGGUGGAAUGGUUUGCAGAGGAGUCAUUUGUGAAGACGAUACUGUACUUUUGGUGGAUUACGGUAGAUAUGUGAGAUGCCCGACAAAUGGUGAUUUUAGAUUGCUCCCCGCUCAUGGAUUGUUUAUGGAAGAGCCUAUGGUUACCGUAAUUUCCUUGGUCCGCGGAGUCAACCUACAUAACCCACACCACUCGGAAACUCAAUUCUUACAUCAAAAAUUGCCACGUGGCGCUCAUGUGCACUUCAGAUGGGACAAGAAAUCGAAGACAACUCCACUAAGAGGAAAAUUAAUUUCAAAUGGAGCGUGUUUGAAUGAUCAAAUGGUGAAAUUCCUUGAAUCCCAAAAAAUUGAUGGUCACUGCCGCCAACUCGACAUAUAUCGUCCACGUGUCAACCACAAAUUGCCACGUGACAACCACGUGUACAGAUCCAUGUGCCAUCCACAUUAUUCAAAAGGAAUCAAGGAAUUUUUGUGGAUUUGAAGAAAAAAUUGAGGAAAAGGAUGGAAAUAAUGAGGGAAACAGUGAAACUUUUAAUGGAAAAUUUAUUGAUUUUCAACAAUUUUUUUUGUAAUUUAUUUUUUGUGUUUUUUUUCGAUUAAAUAAAGGUUAGAGGGUAGUCAGAAU